UUCGCAGUUCAAGCGCUUAAGAAAAUGUUCAAGUUGGGAACAUAUUAUUUCUGCAUUAUCGUCACAUUUCACGCGUAUGGAAUAGUUAGUCCUCAGGAUGAAAAAGAUUCAGAGUGCGUCCUGACGGAUGCGCCCAAUCAAUGUGGGGCAUUCUGUAUGUCCGCUCAAAGGCCACUCUUCGAACACAAUCGCAUUAUUCAGAAUCAAAUAUAUGAAAUUAGUUCACUACAAGCUGAAAGUCACGAGAGACUUAAAAGAAUCGAAAACGAAUUAAUAAAUUUACAAAUCGAACAAAAGGAAAGUAAGCAAGCAAUUAAUGAAAAUGACGAUACAAAAGUUGAAGGAAUCGAAACUACGACAAGUGUCAAUCUAAUUAAAAAAAAGAAAUACGUCAUUGUUGAUAAGGCACUAAAUUGGUAUAAUGCUGUAAAGUUCUGCCAAGAAAUUGGAGGCAAACUAGCUGAAUUCAGUGAUGAACAUGAGUACGACACUGUCAUAUCAACAGUUGAACCUGAUACUUGUUACUGGAUUGGCAUUCGCAGUUAUAAUAACGAACAUCAAUCUUUGCGUACUGACAAUCGCCCAUUAUAUCUUAAAAUGGCUGAUAUGCCAAACAACAAUAUUUUUAAUGGUGAAAAUUGUGUUGGUAUUCAAAACGGUUUUAUGCAUGACCUUUGGUGCAAUUUAAGCUAUUACUCUAUUUGCACAACUAGUUGGUUUUAAAAUCGUUGGCAACAAAUGUAGAAUGCGAUUGCUUGUUCAAUAAAAUAUUAUUAAUUUCCAAUGCGC